AUGACAGAUCACUCGAAAUGGAAGUUCAACCACACCAUGCUCCGGGUGAAAGAUCCCCAGCGCUCCAUCGAGUACUAUAAUCUCCUGGGUCUGAGCCUGAUCAACAAGUUGGAUUUCCCCGACAACAAGUUCAGUUUGUAUUUCCUAGCCUACAAUGGUCCUUCCUCUGCCUCGAAAGAUGCACACUGGACCGACCGCGAAGGCGUCAUCGAACUCACGCACAACUACGGCUCCGAGUCUGACCCCGACUUCACCAUCAAUAACGGCAAUAAGGAACCCCACAAAGGCUUCGGCCACAUCUGUAUCUCGGUUGACAACAUCCAAGCCGCAUGCCAACGCAUUGAAGAUGCCGGGUAUAAAUUCCAGAAGAAAUUGACCGACGGGCGCAUGCGGAGUAUCGCUUUUGCGCUGGAUCCCGACGGAUACUGGGUGGAAGUCAUCGGGCAAAAGCCGGUGGAUCAGACAGAAGGUAUAAAGACGACAGAAGCGGGCACCUACAGGAUGAACCACAGCAUGAUCCGUGUCAAAGAUCCAGAGAAGUCAUUGAAAUUUUACCAAGAGGUCAUGGGCAUGUCGCUCAUGAGAACCUCUGAACAAAAGGCGGCCGGGUUCACUUUAUAUUUCUUGGGAUACCCAGGCGAUUAUGCGAUUCCCAAGCCCGAGGACACGCCCAACGGGGUGAACCCGCUCGCAAGGAAAGAAGGUCUGCUCGAAUUGACCUGGAACUAUGGAACGGAGAAGGAAGAAGGCAAGGUAUACCACAACGGCAAUGACCAGCCUCAGGGUUUCGGACAUAUUGCCAUCAGUGUGGAUGACCUGGACAAGGCGUGUGCAUUUAUGGAGGAGAAAGGUGUGAACUGGAAGAAGCGACUAACGGACGGCAGGAUGAAGAACGUGGCGUUUGUGCUGGAUCCGGAUGACUACUGGGUCGAGAUCAUCCAGAAUGAGAGACUCAAGAAGUCGGCAAAUUGGUGA